AUGGAAAACUACACUAACGAAUCCACCAGUGAUGAUGAUUCUGCUCUUCCACCGUCCCUCAUGGCGUUGCUCGCUCUCCCUCGUUUCCGUCGGAUCAGCCGAUCCAGAUGUUGUUUGUCUCCGUCACCGAAAGAACGUUCCGCGGCGGUUGUGUGGUUGAAGCAUGAUCUUCGUCUUGACGAUCAUCCUGGCUUCCUCCUCGCCGCCUCCGACUACAAAUCCGUCAUUCCUCUCUACGUCCUCGAUCCUCGCAUCCUCUCCCGAUACACGACGGACUCUCUAGAAUUAGCUAUUAUUGCAUUGGAAGAUUUGAGAAAAUCCUUGAAGAAGCAAGGUUCAAAUCUUAUGCUCAGAUACGGCAAUGCAGAAGAUGUCAUUGAAGAUCUUGUCAAAGAGGUCCGAGCUCCCUUUGUCUUUGUGGAAGAAGAGGUGGAAUAUCAUCUCUGUGAGGUUUUGGACGAUGUUAAGAAAAAAUUGGAAGGCGUUUCUGUUCAUGGAGAAUCACCGAGGAUUGUUGUGUGGCGGACUCCUUUUUAUGACAUUCAAGAUUUGACGGAUCUGCCACAAUCAUGGGAAGAGUUUAAGAAACUGAAGCUGCCUCUCACUUUACCAGUUCCUGCAGCAAGAUUUUCAUCUCCAGGAAGUGAAUUGCAGUGGGGUCCUGUGCCAACGCUGGAUGAACUCAAGGACUAUAUGAAGGAAAGUUCUUGUGGACAAGAAAAUUGCUGGAGGGAAAUGGCACAUGCAUCUGCUGAAAAAGUAUUAAUGGAAAGGCUUGGAAAUUCAAAGGGGAGUAGUAUGGAGCCAGUUAUUGAUGGAAGAUUAGGGAAGAAGGUGCACAAAUCUGCUUUUGUCACGAGAAAAAGAGAUACUAUUGGAGGUGGAACUGAGGUUGUACUGAAUGCUCUAGCAGGAUAUCUGAGGUACUCGGAGGGUACAAGUCGAGAUGACUGGCAAGAGGUUCAUGAAAGGCUUCGUGAUGCCGAGAUUAGGCCCGGAGCUUCCUUUUUCAAACUUUUUGGACCUGUCCUCUGUCUUGGUAUUGUAUCCAGAAGAAGAGUUCACUAUGAAGCAAUCAACUAUGAAAAAGAACGGAAUGCUGGAUUUUUAUCCCCAUUUGGAUAUUCAGCUGCUACAGUGUCCGCUGCAACUGAAGCUGUGUGCUCUAUGGAGUGGUAUUCACUCCUGGCUCGAAAUAGUGUGGGGAUUGAUGAAAAUGCCCACUCUAUUAGGAUUUGGAGAUGGAAUGGCUAUCUUAUUCAGUACACGGUGGUGGGCAAUGAUGGCCCUGCCGUUCUUCUUGUGCAUGGCUUUGGUGCUUUUCUAGAGCAUUAUCGUGACAACGUAGACAGCUUUGUAAAUAGUAAAAACCGAGUAUGGACCAUCACAGUCUUGGGUUUCGGAAAAUCUGAGAAGCCAAAUAUCAUUUACACCGAGUUGUUGUGGGCUGAAUUGCUGCGGGAUUUCAUGACUGAAGUAGUUGGUGAACCAGCGCAUUGCGUAGGCAACUCCAUUGGUGGGUAUUUCGUUGCAUUAAUGGCUUUUCUUUGGCCGACCUUGGUUAAGUCCGUUGUCCUUGUUAACAGUGCUGGCAAUGUGAUACCUGGAUACUCUCCUUUCCCAAUCUCUAAAGAAAGACGAAUUCCACUGGGUGCACAGCUUGGUGCUCGGCUCCUUCUCUUGUUCCUGCAAUUCAAUGUCAAAAAGCUAUUAAAGGAUUGUUAUCCAGUUAAACCUGAGAGAGCCGAUGAUUUUCUGAUCACUGAAAUGCUAAGAGCAUCCCGAGACCCUGGUGUGGUUAUGGUCCUGGAAAGUAUCUUCGGGUUUGAUCUUUCGCUUCCUUUGAAUUAUCUCCUGAAAGGGUUCGAGGGUAAAACUCUUGUCAUACAGGGAAUGAAAGAUCCCAUUUCGGAUCCGAAGAAGAAAGUGGCCUUAUUGAAGGAGCUAUGUCCAGCUAUGAUGAUAACGGAAGUUAAUGCAGGUCACUGUCCCCACGAUGAGAUCCCAGAGGAGGUAAAUCUAAUUAUCUGCGAAUGGAUAAUGAAGAUGGAUAACGGUGGACAAGCACUAAAGACCUCAUCCCAGCAGAUUCAUUUACCACAGUAA